AUGCCAGCUCAGACGUCGUGCCUGAUGUUUGAAGGGACGUGGAGAGAAGAGACUCGCAGAAAAGCAACGGCAUUUCUGUGUGACCUCAGCCAUUUCUUCCCUUCGCUCCCGUACAGGUUUGAAAAGGGGCGCAUCUACACGUUCAUCGGAGAGGUCGUCGUGUCCGUGAACCCUUACAAGUCGCUGAACAUCUAUGGGAGGGAGACCAUUGAGCAGUACAAAGGCCGCGAGCUGUACGAGAGGCCGCCGCACCUCUUUGCCAUUGCCGACGCCGCCUACAAGGCGAUGAAGAGGCGGUCCAAGGACACUUGCAUCGUGAUAUCAGGGGAAAGUGGAGCUGGUAAGACCGAAGCCAGUAAGUACAUCAUGCAGUACAUUGCGGCCAUCACCAACCCCAGCCAGAGAGCCGAGAUCGAAAGAGUAAAGAACAUGCUCCUUAAGUCCAACUGUGUCUUGGAAGCUUUUGGAAAUGCCAAAACCAACCGUAACGACAACUCGAGCAGGUUCGGGAAAUACAUGGACAUCAACUUCGAUUUCAAGGGGGACCCUAUCGGUGGACAUAUCAGUAACUACUUAUUGGAGAAGUCUCGCGUGAUUGUGCAGCAGCCAGGAGAAAGGAGCUUUCACUCUUUCUAUCAGCUACUCCAAGGAGGUUCGGAUCAGAUACUGCAUUCUCUCCACCUGCAGAAAUCCCUUUCGUCCUACAACUAUAUCCACGUAGGAGCUCAAUUAAAGUCCUCUAUCAAUGAUGCUGCAGAAUUCAAAGUAGUAGCUGAUGCCAUGAAAGUCAUUGGCUUCAAGCCUGAGGAGAUUCAGACAGUGUAUAAAAUUUUGGCUACAAUUCUUCACUUGGGAAAUUUAAAAUUUGUGGUGGAUGGAGACACGCCCCUUAUUGAGAACGGCAAGGUUGUGUCCAUCAUCGCAGAAUUGCUCUCCACCAAGACGGACAUGGUGGAGAAGGCCCUUCUCUACCGGACUGUGGCCACGGGGCGCGACGUCAUCGACAAGCAGCACACGGAGCAGGAGGCGAGCUACGGCCGGGACGCCUUCGCCAAGGCAAUAUACGAGCGCCUUUUCUGUUGGAUCGUGACCCGCAUCAAUGACAUUAUCGAGGUCAAGAACUACGACACCACGGUCCACGGGAAAAACACUGUGAUUGGAGUCUUGGAUAUCUAUGGCUUUGAGAUCUUUGACAACAACAGCUUUGAGCAGUUCUGCAUCAACUAUUGCAACGAGAAGCUGCAGCAGCUGUUCAUCCAGCUGGUGCUGAAACAGGAGCAGGAGGAGUACCAGCGGGAAGGCAUCCCCUGGAAGCACAUCGACUACUUCAACAAUCAGAUCAUUGUGGACCUCGUGGAGCAGCAGCACAAGGGGAUCAUUGCAAUCCUCGACGACGCCUGCAUGAACGUCGGCAAAGUCACCGACGAAAUGUUCCUCGAAGCGCUGAACAGUAAAUUGGGCAAACACGGGCACUUUUCCAGCCGAAAGCUCUGUGCCUCAGACAAGAUGCUGGAGUUUGAUCGGGAUUUUCGAAUUCGACAUUACGCAGGUGAUGUAGUCUAUUCGGUCAUCGGUUUUAUUGACAAAAAUAAAGACACUUUAUUUCAAGAUUUCAAGCGCCUCAUGUAUAACAGUUCAAAUCCUGUGCUGAAGAAUAUGUGGCCCGAAGGCAAACUGAGCAUUACAGAGGUGACCAAGCGACCCCUGACGGCCGCCACCUUGUUUAAGAAUUCUAUGAUCGCCUUAGUAGACAACCUUGCAUUGAAGGAACCGUAUUACGUUCGUUGCAUCAAACCCAAUGACAAGAAGUCCCCGCAGAUAUUUGAUGACGAACGCUGCCGGCAUCAGGUUGAAUAUCUGGGACUAUUGGAAAACGUGAGGGUGCGACGGGCAGGAUUUGCCUUCCGCCAGACGUACGAGAAGUUUCUGCACAGGUACAAGAUGAUCUCAGAAUUCACCUGGCCCAACCACGACCUCCCUUCGGACAAAGAGGCCGUCAGGAAGCUGAUCGAGCAGUGCGGCUUUCAGGACGACGUGGCUUACGGGAAGACCAAAAUCUUCAUCCGGACGCCCCGCACGCUCUUCACCCUGGAAGACCUCCGCGCGCAGAUGCUCGUGAGGAUCGUCCUGUUUCUGCAAAAGGUGUGGCGGGGCACCCUGGCCCGCAUGCGGUACAAGAGGACCAAGGCGGCCCUGACCAUUAUCAGAUACUACAGGCACUACAAAGUGAAGUCAUACAUCCGGGAGGUGGCCCGUCGUUUCCACGGCAUCAAGACCAUGAGAGACUACGGGAAGCACGUGAAGUGGCCAACCCCUCCGAAAGUGCUCCGCCGUUUCGAGGAGGCCCUCCAGGCAAUUUUUAACAGAUGGAGAGCCUCUCAGCUCAUCAAGAGCAUACCCGCCUCAGACCUGCCCCAGGUCAGGGCAAAGGUCGCAGCCAUGGAAAUGCUGAAGGGUCAAAGGGCUGACCUUGGGCUCCAACGGGCCUGGGAGGGCAACUACCUUGCUUCGAAGCCAGACACGCCUCAGACCUCGGGCACUUUUGUCCCCGUGGCGAACGAACUGAAGCGGAAGGACAAAUACAUGAAUGUCCUCUUCUCCUGUCACGUCCGUAAGGUCAAUCGGUUUAGUAAGGUGGAAGACCGAGCAAUUUUUGUCACUGAUCGCCACCUGUAUAAGAUGGAUCCCACGAAGCAGUACAAAGUGAUGAAGACCAUCCCUCUGUACAACUUGACUGGCCUGAGCGUCUCCAACGGCAAGGACCAGCUUGUGGUGUUCCACACAAAGGACAACAAAGACCUCAUCGUCUGCCUCUUCAGCAAGCAGCCGACCCACGAGAACCGAAUCGGGGAACUCGUUGGAGUCCUGGUGAAUCAUUUCAAGAGUGAGAAGCGCCACCUCCCAGUCAACGUCACCAACCCUGUGCAGUGCAGCCUGCAUGGGAAGAAGUGCACGGUCUCCGUGGAGACGCGGCUCAACCAGCCACAGCCCGACUUCACCAAGAACCGCUCUGGCUUCAUCCUCAGCGUGCCUGGGAACUGAUGCGCACCCAGGAGGCCUGCCUGGGAGUGGGGGCGGUGGAGCCCGGAGCCCCGCCGCCGAGCACCACAGUCCCGCUCUAAUCGCCCAUCCCGCCGCUGCCCGCUAGAAAUCAGCUCUCCAGGGCCCUGCUGGGGGGAGCCCCUCCCCUGAGGUCUCAUUCCUGGCUUUCUGCCUUUGGUCUCCAUCUUCCUCUGUCCCAACUGUCCCCAGUCCCAAACCAAUAAACCAAAGAGUCCGGUGCCCUGUCCCAGAGCCCUGGGUCCACUUCCAGGCCACGUCUCACCUCAGAGGCAACUGGAUGGCGCCUGCCUCCUGGAGGGGCCAGGUCAGGUCAGGGCGCCCUGACUCAGUGACCUGAUGCUGACCCUGUAGGAGGUGGGGUGGGGGAGCCCAUGGGACAGUGUCCCCAACCAAAGACAUGCUUCCAGGGAGGUUGGCGGAGAUGAGCUGGGGACGUAGCCCUGCUUUCUCCAUGAGCCUGUCCUGCCACCACCUUGUCCCCCAGGCGGUCACAGCCCCCGUGACUGGCUCAGGGAGCUUCUCGGCUCCUCAGUGGACCCCGUUCCCCCAGCAGCCAGCCAAAGCCACCAGGUGAGCAGGUUCACCUCUAGGACCAGCCCCUCAGCCCAGGACCCAGGGGCUGGCGGCCCGGCCUCCCCUCUCUGCUCCCGGCCCUGCCUCCUGGCACCCCCCCAGCAGGGAGCAGUGGAGAUGCUCCAAGGAUCGCCAGGCGUGCAGCCUGUGCCUGCGCCCGCCUUACACUUGGUUUUCCAGUUCGCAGGUUGCUGAUCAGAUACUGUGUCCCCCAGGCCCACACUCGAGUCAGGAACACUAGUAAGAAAAUGGAGUUGCAGGGGCUGGGGGCACUCGUGGGUAUGGAAGUUGCCCCUUUUGACACCUGUUUCAUAGUCACGUGGAGAACUAGGGCUGGAGGGGAGGGUGAGCACACGGGAACCUCGGGAACCACGAGAGAGAAAACAGAACGUGGGUCCUGGCACUGCAGGCCAGGCCAGACUGCCCACCCUCCCCCCAGAGCCCCCGCUGGGCACGCAGACCUCAUGCCAGGAGAGCAGCGCCCUCCUGCCCGUCUUGCCCAGCACGUGCCUUCAGAUACCUUCCUGAGACCACCCUCCUCCCCUGUCUCAGCUGAAGGGGACGCCGUGACCCUCUGGGCAACGUGGGCCUCCCCGCCAGGAGCCCUGACAGAUGGACAGAAUCCAGGCACCUGUGUGAAGGGGCUGGGCCCCGCCUCAGGAGGAGCCUGGCAGGGUGAGGGAGAGAGAUGCUGACAUCUUCACUUUC